GUCCCGCUGCCCCGGGCGCGGCCGCCCUGCGCGCAGAGAGAAGCCGAGGGGAGCGCCCGGAGCGCCGGCCAUGCACAGCCUCGGCUGACCGCGCUCGCAGCAGGGAGACAGGGAAGGAUCCCGGGGAUCAGCAGCCCAGGGAGUGCAGGAGGGGGAUGUAGGGCUCUCCCACUGCUAGGGAGCGCGCGUUCGGGGCACUGUCAGGUGUAAGUCUCUCGGUGAGAUAAUACUGUCCUUUGAACCCCUGUCCGCCCCUUGUCAAUGGCCAUCAUGAUCCCUCUCCUCUUCGGCAGCAGUAGCCUCAGGGCAUGGAUGAGCAGGAUGAAGUUAGAAAUGACUCCGCUGUCUUUUCUCUUUGCUCCCCUGCAAACCAGCGCUGUGUUGUCCGUAGUUGAUUUUGUUGUUGUUGGCGGCAGAGAAAUGUCAUACUUCCCGGGUUGUGCACUCGUCCUUUGCACCCUUUUCUCUGCUCUCCACCAAGUGUAAUAAUUUCUAAGAAAAAGACGGGCAACAUAGCAAUAGUGGAAGGCUGAGAAUAAUAAUCAGUAGAGUCAUGAAUCUGGCUGGGGUAAAACGCAAUUUGUAAUUUCAGCUUCGGGUUUUCUUUUUUUGUAAGCAGAGCAAAAGUACCCCCCCAUGGAUUGGGCUUGUGCCAGUUGCUUUUUAUUGUACACAUAAAUUGUGAUAAGAUUUGUUUGGGGUUUUGUGUUUUUUUCCUUCAUUCUUACCCACUUAUUCCUGCGGCUAAACUGUUCAAAUUUUUCUCUUCGAAAUUCUUUGGGGUUUUUUUUCUUGAUUUAUUGUAAAACCUCUUGUCCAGCCAUGGCUGGACAACUACUUUCUUUGUUUCUUGACCCCUCCAAUCCGACAUUCUCGUAAAAUAUUGCCUGAGGUGCGGGUUUGGGUUAUAUUAGCGUUUGAUCUAUUCAGUUGUAUUAGCAGGAAUCAAACGACUUGUUUCAGUUGUACUUAAGUCUUACGAAAAGGUGCCCAUAGUUUAGCGACAGUUUCCAAAGGCUUUAGUACCACCUGUAUUACAAAAUGGGGGACCCAAACUCCCGGAAGAAACAAGCUCUGAACAGACUUCGUGCUCAGCUUAGAAAGAAAAAAGAAUCUUUAGCUGACCAGUUUGACUUCAAGAUGUACAUUGCCUUUGUGUUCAAAGACAAGAAGAAAAAGUCAGCGCUUUUUGAAGUGUCUGAAGUGAUACCAGUCAUGACCAAUAACUAUGAAGAAAAUAUCCUGAAAGGUGUGCGGGAUUCCAGCUAUUCUUUGGAAAGUUCCUUAGAGCUUCUGCAGAAGGAUGUAGUCCAGCUCCAUGCACCCCGCUACCAGUCCAUGCGCAGGGAUGUGAUCGGCUGUACCCAGGAGAUGGACUUCAUUCUAUGGCCUCGUAAUGAUAUUGAGAAGAUAGUCUGUCUCCUGUUCUCCCGGUGGAAGGGAUCUGAUGAACCCUUUAGGCCUGUUCAGGCCAAGUUUGAAUUUCAUCAUGGUGACUAUGAAAAACAGUUUCUGCAUGUUCUGAGCCGAAAGGACAAGACUGGAAUUGUUGUCAACAACCCUAACCAGUCAGUGUUUCUCUUCAUUGACAGACAGCACUUGCAGACUCCAAAAAACAAAGCUACAAUCUUCAAGUUAUGCAGCAUCUGCCUGUACCUGCCACAGGAGCAGCUCACUCACUGGACGGUUGGUACCAUAGAGGAUCACCUCCGUCCUUACAUGCCAGAGUAAGGUACUGGCCAGCAAAAUGGGGAAGAUCACAGAAUGCAGCAGUGGAUUUUCACUUUCCUCACCACUUUAUUCUUUCAGAAUUUAGAAGAAAAUGGACUCAUGUUCAGAACACUAUACAUUGUGAAACUUGAUCAUCCUGGAUUUUUUUAAUCAUUUGUAUCUCAGAACUUUGCAGUUGUUUUUUUUUUUUAGAUGUUUUCUGCAUGGACCUUGUGAAAGAGAGGAUGCUCUGCACUCUUCUGCACUGCAUCAGCAUCUUACUAAAAUGUGAAAUGAAGGGACUGUACAUUGAAACAAAUGUAUCCGAAAGCACAAGGUGAUCGUUUGUGGUGGUGUUCCCAUUUGUGCUGGUCAUGCCCCCUUACCAUCUCUAAUGUUAACCAUCAGUAUUUUGAGGGUGAGAAGUGAAUGUAAUGGGUAUAAAAGCCUUAUAGCUUUGCUGUUAAUGAUUGUAUCGAAGAGCACUAUCAUUCAUUCUAAUGAACGAAGAAGUGGCUAUUACAAUAGGAAGUGUGGGAAAGAAAUCUUUCUUUAAAAAAAAAAAAGGCAUCUCAUUUAAUGUAUAGGCAUUUUUUGCCUCUUAUUUUGCUGGGCCAUGUCUUAAGUUUACUGGCACUUCUGUUUUGGAUCUCUUUCCCCAAGUUGCUGUAUAACUGUAUGAAGGUAUUCUUUUGAGUUGGAUGCAUUUAUACAGAUGAGGCAAACCUGGAGUCUGAAGUUGCUAAAGCAGCUCAAAAAAAGGUAAAAUAAUAGCUGCAGAAACAAUGUUGGUAGAGGAUUAUUUUUUCUUGAGAGUUGAGACUUGUAAACUUGCAGGUGAACUGUGCAGGAAAUACUGGUUUCUAAAACAUUUCUUCUGGAAAACCCAUCGAGGUUUGUUUUUUUUUUUUUUUUUUUCUU